AUGGGAAUACAUGGAAAUUUUCAUGAGAAACAUAAUGCAAUUAAGCAAAAAGAUUUCCCAGAAGCAAAGAUAAUAAGAUUUAUUACAUUAAAGAAAGCGAAUAGUAAGGUCGCAUUAGUAGUUUAUUUAUUCGUCUCGUCUCUUCUUCGUCAUAGGAAAACUAAAACCAGUAGAUAUGAAGUUCUAUUGAGUUUUCCAUUUAGAAUAUAA